AUGGCGAGCUUUCGGUGGAAGAAAAGUGCGGAAGUUUUAGAAAAAGAAAUAGAACAGGAUAAGAAACUGAUUGAUGCAGUGAACCAGGGUGACACUGAUACCGUGAAAUUGCUAUUGGAAGAAGGUGUUUCACCAGAUGCUACAGAAUACAAUAGAACUCUGUUCUACGCUUCAAAAAACUACCUCACCCCCCUUCAGUUGAGUGUAAAACACGGUUUUACAAAUAUCGUCAGAUUGUUAAUUGAAUAUAAAGGGGAUGUCAAUGCAAAAGACCGCUUUGAUGUUACUGCUGUGCAUAUGGCUUCAGAAAGAGGAAACCUGAAGAUUCUGCAAAUGCUUUUAGAGGAAGGGGCUGAUUGCAAUGUGGCCACCAAAUAUUCCAAAUAUGGAUCUUAUACAGCAACACCUCAUCCAGGAGGAACAAUACCUCUUCAUCUUGCUUCUUCUCAAAACCAUAUCAGGUGUGCAGUGGAACUCAUUUGGUAUGGUGCUGACUAUAAUGCUGUGGACGAGUUUGGCCGCACGAGUAUGUACAUUGCUGCCCAGAAUGCAUUUUCCGAGUGUGUGCUGGAACACUUGAACAAUGCAAUUCGAAUGGAUAUACUCUCACUGCCAGCGAAAGACACAAAUGAAACGCCACUCCACGAAUGUGUACGACAUGGUUUGAAUUCGUGCGUGCUAGCGUUGCUGAAACACGGGUCCGACGUGAAUCAUCGUAACUCAGCUGGACUCAGUCCUCUCCAUCUUGCUGUGCUGUCAGGAGAAAAGUUUUCCAUGGAUAUACUAAAGGCACUUGUUACCAAGGGUUACAACACAGAUGUCAAUCUUAAGGACAAACAUGGUAACUCACCUUUACAUUACGUAAGUUUCACUGACCACACCUACCAAGAAAGACGCCCGGAAGCUGCAGCAUUCUUGAUAGCUUACGGUGCUGACCACAACAUCAAAAACAAGACGGGUGAUUCUUUACUCCAGCAGGAGAUUCGCAUUAACAAGUUGGAGAAGAUUAUUCUUGAGGCCAUUAUAAACAGUACACUGAAGCUGCCAAGUCUGGAGGUGCUUUGUCCAUCUCUGUCCGUGAGUGGCAGCAGACUGCUGCAGGAAAUUGUGAACACCUCUCACAAAUCGGUAACCUCCGAGGCGUGCAAUGACAAAUUCAAGUGGUACGGUGUGUACAGCAAGGGACCCCGUUCUCUGCAGCACAACUGUCGAUGCUGCAUCAGAGACUACCUAGGUUGUUUGAGACUACGGAAUGUUCACCUACUUCCACUUCCAACGACACUCAAGGACUAUUUAUUACUCGAUGUAGAAACAUUUGGUUGAUCAUUUAUUCGUAGUUUGUAUAAUAGUACUGGUAUUAUUUUUCAGUGGAAGAAGUGUCCACAUACUGUGAUGAAAGCUGGAUCUUUCACUUGUGUAGAUAAUGCGACAUGUAAAUAGAUAAAAAUGGAUCAUGGAUUAGGAAUUUAUGACAGUAAGAUGGCAGCCAAAACAAAUGGUGUGAUUCCAAUAACUUGGUCAGUUUAGUGCUGGAACUUAUCAUCAGUCUUUUUUCAAGCCCUGAGAUGCUGGUCCGUUUUAAAUUUGCUUGCAGUUCAGUUUGAACUGUUAACAAAUAUGUUCCUCAUGCCAAAUAGGGAUAUGAAAUCACAAUGAGUUAUUUGCUCAAGAUGUUACUGAAAAUGGUUGAUGGUCAAUUCAUACCUAAUUUGGUUGCUUCAUACCAUAGUCAUUUGGUUCAUUGCAAAAGGUCAUUUUGUACCAUAGUCAUUUUGUACCAUCAUUGAAAGUAAUUUUGUAUCAUAACAUACAAAUUAAAUUUAUGUUCUCUAGUCAUAUCUUGCCAAUAUAAUAAAAGUAAUUACUAUGGUAUAUUAUUUUUCUCCUUUUUUGUGAUAAAUUGAUGAAUAACAAUAUAAAAUUGUUCAAAUUGUGACUUAACAUAAGACAAAAGUCAGAAUUUAAAAAAGUAAUAAAUAGAAAACAUUGUUUAUUUGAUUCAAUUUAUAUUGUUGUUUUUCAGAUACAGAAUUUUUCAGAAAUGUUAUUUAUUUAAUAAUAAAUGUUUAUCUCUUCCCUUCCUUUAAAAAACAAAACAAAACCAUAUCUAUAAAUAAAUUCAUUGCACCCAUCCAUUACCCUGGACAGGGUGGGAUGUAGCCAAGUGGUACAGUGCUCGCUCGAUGCACAGUUGGUCUGGGAUCGAUCCCCGUCGGUGGGCCCAUUGGGUUAUUUCUCGUUCCAGCCAGUGCACCACGACUGGUAUAUC